CAGAGCUUCAACCGCAAGUCUGACCUGCAGAGGCAUUACCGAAUUCACACGAAUGAGCGUCCUUACGCUUGCACAAUCCCUAGUUGUGGCAAGAGCUUCAUUCAACGAAGUGCCCUGACUGUCCAUGUCCGAACGCACACUGGUGAAAAGCCUCACCAGUGUCAAUACAUUGGCUGUGGAAAGCGCUUCUCCGACUCUUCCAGUCUCGCCCGACACCGCCGAAUCCACACUGGAGAGCGCCCUUACAAGUGUGGCCACAAUGGCUGCUUGAAGAGGUCAGCAAUUUGGCCCUUGCUAAAGCCCUCCGGCUAA